CUGAAGUGCGCAUGCACUGAGUUGCCAACUGUGAAGCGUAGGCGAACCAGGAUGGCGGCCGUCGUGGAGAAUGUUGUCAAACUGCUGGGGGAGCAGUACUAUAGAGAUGCCAUGGAACAGUGCCAUAACUACAACGCCCGUCUGUGUGCGGAGCGCAGCGUCAGGAUGCCCUUCCUCGACUCCCAGACAGGAGUCGCCCAGAGCAACUGCUACAUCUGGAUGGAGAAGAGACACAGAGGACCAGGACUGGCUCCAGGACAGUUGUACACUUACCCUGCCCGGCGAUGGAGGAAGAAGCGGAGAGCCCAUCCACCUGAAGACCCCCGGCUGGCCUUCCCCGCCCUUAAGUCAGAGCUGGACCUGGGCCUGAAGAAAGACGCCCUCACGUCCUCCGACGGCAGCAGUCUGGAGGCGCUUCUGAAGGCCGAGCCCCUGGACAAGCGCGCAGCACUCGAGCUACGGGCUCCAGAAGACGAUCCUAGCGGGUCGGAGUACAGCACCGGGAGCCUUAAUCCUUCCACACGCGUACGGAAGAGAGUCCUGGAGCCUGAUGACUUCCUGGACGACCUGGAUGAUGAAGACUAUGAGGAGGAUACUCCCAAGAGACGCGGCAAAGGGAAAGGCAAGGGUCGCGGGGUCAGCAGCGCCCGCAAGAAGUUGGACGCCGCGGCAGCGCUUGAGGACCGAGACAAGCCCUAUGCCUGUGACAACACUAUCAAACAAAAGCAUAUUUCAAAACCUUCCGAACGAGUCUGUGGGAAGCGCUAUAAGAACCGGCCAGGUCUGAGCUACCACUACGCCCACUCUCAUCUGGCGGACGAGGAGGGGGAGAAGGAGGAAGAGCCCGACCUUCGCACAGCAACCCCGCCCCAACCAGACGAGCCCAAGACACCGAAGAAGGGGCCUGACGGUCUGGCCCUGCCCAACAACUACUGUGACUUCUGCCUGGGCGACUCCAAUAUGAACCAGAAAACGGGCCAGUCAGAGGAGCUGGUCUCCUGCUCCGACUGUGGCCGCUCGGGUCACCCCUCAUGUCUGCAGUUCACGCCUGUGAUGAUGGCGGCGGUGAAGACGUAUCGCUGGCAGUGCAUCGAGUGCAAGUGCUGCAAUAUCUGCGGCACAUCAGAAAAUGAUGACCAGCUGCUGUUCUGUGAUGACUGUGACAGAGGCUACCACAUGUAUUGUCUCAACCCGCCCAUGGCAGAACCUCCAGAAGGGAGCUGGAGCUGUCACUUGUGUCUGGACCUGUUGAAAGAAAAAGCCUCCAUAUACCAGAACCAGAAUGCUCCGCCAUCGUGAUGGUUCCCCCCCAGCAACAACAACAGCAACCCAAGGCUUUUGGUUCCCCCUCGCAUCCAAUGACAAAGUCCUCCUGGGCCUGAUUGGGAGAGAAACUUGGCAGGGAGCAGUUCAGAUGAGAGGGGGCUGAAAAGGGAAGUGUACUUCACCCCAAGACCCCACCCACAGACAGAACGAAAGAGAGGGAAAGUGAGGGAGGAAGUGAUGCAUAGAGAAAGAGAGAGUUUCCCCUUCUUCUCUCUCUCCUUUCCCCUCUUUCUACACAGGCAGGUUUGAUCCCAGUAUGACUGUUACACAGUUCAAAGUUCAAACUACCCACCGCUUUUUUGUUUUCAACUAUUAGCCUUUAACAAUAUCCGACGACAUACACAAAGACUUAACAGUUGAUUGAAUACUCAGUAACUCAAGUACCUGACUGCACUAUAUUACUCCCUAGGAUAUAUUCUGCUUGUAGUAUCCUCUAACAAUCACAGGUGGGGGGGCGUUACCUGCGUCGGAAGCCCAUAGGGCUCUAGCGGGUACGCCAACGCGGAACCUUGUUUCACUGCAUCAGCGAAGACAAGUAGACACACAACUGUAGCACUCAUUCGCCAAAAAAAGCCAGAACCCAAGCAGGAGCCAGAAACCGCUUUAAACCGCUUUGGGUCGGUUCCUGAGGUUCCACCUCUGGAGGACCGGGUUGUGACGUGGACUGAUAACAUGAGUUCUAACUGGUUUGGGAGCCUGAUCUACUCGGUUCACUCUCGAAGCCUUGAUCAGUAACUGAUUGAAAUGACUUUUUUUUUUUUUCCUGAAUACCUGAUUCUCUGGUGUACAUCGUGUGUCCUCGAGAUCUGUGUUAUGUUAUUGGCCAGAAAUGGCUUGUUUUUUUUUUUUUUUUUUUUUUCGAAUCAUAGGCUGCUAUUUCUCCUCUUUCUGUUUUCUGCAGCUAGAAGGUUGAUGAUGUUCUUGAUAUUGAUGGUGCGGUUCAGGCCCUCCAGAGUGGAAUCCCUGGUCCCGUCUCUCUCUGAAAUCUUUCUGCCAUUUGCACAUAGAAAACGUCAAUAGUUGAAACCAAUCAGCAUGCCAAUGCUUGUCCUUAAUAAGACAAAUGGUUAACAUGUUUUUAUUUGUAUAUUUAUAUAUUUGUAUAGCAUAUAAAAGCUUUGAUGUAUUUAAAAAAAAAAGAAAAAGAAAAACAACAAUCUGAAAUGGUAGAAA